CGGAAGUGAAGAUGGCGAACGCCUACGAGAGGUUCAAUCUGCAUUCCACACCUGAGAAGUUCUACAUUGAGGCCUGUGAUGAUGGAGCUGAUGACGUGUUGGUCAUUGAUAGGGUGUCCACCGAGAUGACCCUUGCAGGUAUUAAGGACAUUCCACCAUCAGGCAUAACCAGGCCCAUAUGUGGAGUCAUGGGAACUGUUCGCCUGGUAGCUGGGAUGUACCUCAUAGUCAUCACCCGGAAGCGGAAAGUGGGCGACCUGUUUGGCCACACUGUGUGGAAAGCGGUGGAGUUUGAUGUGAUUUCUUAUAAGAAGACCAUUUUGCACCUCACAGAUAUUCAGAUGCAAGACAACAAGACAUUUCUGACUAUGAUUAACAAUGUACUGAACACAGACGGCUUCUACUUUUGCACGGACUACGACCUGACCCACACCCAGCAGCGCCUGUCCAACACCAGCCCGGACUUUCAGGAGAUGAGCCUGCUGGAGAGGGCGGACCAGAGGUUCAUGUGGAACGGAAACCUUUUAAGAGAAAUCAUCGCACAGCCCGAGCUCCAUAAAUUUGCAUUUCCUGUCAUCCACGGAUUUAUUGUGAUGAAGCCGUGUUGCAUCAAUGGGAAAGUGUUUGAGUGGAUCAUCAUCUCUAGACGGAGCUGUUUCAGAGCAGGGGUGCGAUAUUAUGUCAGAGGCAUUGACUCAGAAGGACAUGCUGCUAACUUCGUCGAGACAGAACAGAUAGUCCAGUUCAAUAAUGCCAGGGCGUCCUUUGUCCAGACUCGAGGCUCCAUACCAUUCUUCUGGUCUCAGAGACCCAACCUGAAGUACAAGCCCAAGCCACUAAUAAGCAAAGACACCAAUCACAUGGAUGGGCUCAGGAGACAUUUUGAGUCACAGGUUCUUAUUUAUGGCAAGCAAGUGAUUCUAAAUUUGGUGAAUCAGAAAGGAUCAGAGUUGCCUCUUGAACAGGCCUUUGCCAAAAUGGUCAGCAGCAUGGAGAAUGGAUUCAUCAAGUACAUAGCCUUUGAUUUCCACAAAGAGUGCAGUAAGAUGAGAUGGCAUCGCCUCCAGAUUCUCGUUGAUGCCGUAUCUGACAUGCAAGAGGAGUUUGGGUACUUCAUGGUGAGCUCAGAUGGGAAGGUGUUAUCGGAGCAGUCUGGAACCUUCCGCAGUAACUGUAUGGACUGCUUGGACCGCACUAACGUCAUUCAGAGCCUGCUGGCCAGACGCUCCCUGCAGAGCCAGCUACAGAGGAUGGGUGUCCUCCACGUUGGCCAGAAGAUCGAGGAACAAGCUGAUUUUGAGAAGAUUUACAAAAACGCUUGGGCAGACAAUGCUAAUGCCUGUGCUAAGCAGUACGCAGGAACAGGUGCCCUGAAAACCGACUUCACCAGGACUGGGAAGAGGACUCACUGGGGCUUGGUAAUGGACGGCUGGAAUUCAAUGAUCCGUUACUACAAGAACAAUUUCUCCGAUGGCUUCAGACAAGACUCCAUCGAUCUCUUCCUUGGGAACUAUAGCGUGGAUGAAACUGAUAGUUUGACGCCUCUGCACGUUAAGAAGGACUGGAAGUUUCUUUUGCUUCCUGUUAUUAUGGUGGUGGCUUUCUCCAUGUGCAUCAUCUGUCUCCUAAUGGCUGGUGAUACUUGGACGGAGACUCUGGCGUACGUGUUGUUCUGGGGCAUGGCCAGUGCUCUCACCGCUGCCGUCAUCGUGGUCAAUGGACGCGAGUUUGUUGAUGCACCCAAACUGGUCCAAAAAGAGAAGAUGGAUUAAAUAUGGAGAUUUCUUAUCACU